AACUUAAGGGACUAUUAUAGAAAAUAUUUUUCUCAACUUUCUCUACACCGGAGAAUGCACAAUUAGACCACCAAAUUCCGGGCUGUGUUCGGUGUGCGUCAAUCGGAGAUUGCACAAUUAAAUCGCGGGGGCCGUGUUCGCCGUCGAGUAGAGGUCGGGGUUACUGUGGUACUCUUUCGCCUGAUUCUGUCAUCCAUUUUAAUUGGUGAGAUAGCCUCUUUAGGGUUGAGAUGCAGAUUGACUAAUAAUGGGUCUGAAAAAUCUGAAGCAAUUGACGCCUUUUAUCAAAGAAGCAUUUCAGCAAACAUUACUCGUAGCCAAAUUCCUCUGUGGUAUUCAUGUGGUCAACAGCUAUAUCUGCACCUUAGCUCUCACUCAAGGUCCAAGCAUGCUUCCAACGUUUAAUCUGACUGGAGAUCUUGUUUUGGCUGAAAGGCUAUCAACUCAAUUUGAGAAAAUGCAACGUGGAGAUGUAGUGCUAGUGCGUAGCCCUGAGAACCCGAGAAAAAUUGUGAUCAAAAGACUCAUGGGUAUGGGUGGUGAUACUGUUAGAUAUGUUGUGGAUCAUGCAAAUAAUGGAAUAGAACAUACUAUUGUGGUACCAGAUGGACAUGUUUGGAUUGAAGGGGAUAACAAAUUCAAUACCAACGAUUCGAGGAACUUUGGACCUGUACCUUAUGGACUUGUACAGGGCAGAGUCUUUUGGCUUGUAUGGCCUCCUGAAAAUUUUGGAUCGGUAGGAAGAGAAGUACAGUAAUUCAACCUUACAAGAUUUGGAGUAUGCUUGUUGAGUAUUCUGGAUUUUAAACAAUUUACUGAAGAUGGCAAUUGGUGGGUUGCUUUACUACUUGGUUCGAGGUGGAAGACAGGACGCCAAAGCUGUUAAAUAUAUUCGGUUAAUGUAUUUCUCAAGCUCCAAAGGGUGCACGGUUUUGCAUAAUUUGCUCUUGAAGUGCCACUGCUAAUGCAUUAGCUCGAAGGCUUCUUUUUCUUUUUUACUUUGUCAUUGUUGGAGUCGUUUGGACUUAUGGGAUCUAAGGGUUGUGAUCUGGCAGUGACUUCUCGUCUAAACAUGAGCCUUUUUGUAGUAAGUGUUAACGCCGGGAAAUUACAUGUACCUGGUCUCUAAGCUACAGCACCACAUUUUAAUUCUCAUUUUUCUGAUAGUUACAUGUUCCUUUAAAUAAUACAGUAGUAAUUUUUUUUCAUUUUAA